AUGAAACGAGGGAGGGGGAGGAGGAGAGAUUCGACGGUGUUACCAAACGGGGACCGCCGUAUAGGAGGUGGGAGGGCGCUGGUGGCAGUGGUAGGAUACUGUAGAGCAUUAGUACAGUACGCAAAUGCUCUACCACUGCCACCGUCCACUACAGUAUUGCUGUACAGUACCCAAGGGUACGCUGUACAGCAAUACUGUAGUGGACGCAUUACUGCGCCUGACUAUCUGGGCGCAUCUGUGGUGUUCCGCCGGUGA